AUGAAAAAGAACAAUGUAAAUGGAUACAGUCGGUUUGGUUGGUUACAUAAUAUCCUGGCUGUUGGCCAUUGUAUUUCUGAAGGCUGGGUUGGUCAAAAUAUGUCAUUUAUUUCCUUCGGAACAUCAACAAGCGUUUCCCAGACUCUAACCAGUGAGAGAUUUGUUCUUUGUGCCAAAGUGUGUCCCACAACAUUACUUGGAUACAACCCCCCGCCAUAUAUGUACAUGGUGGUGAUCGGGGUCAUAGAAACGUUUUCUUCUAUAGCUCUACUCAUGCCAGUCCCUGAAGUGGAGAGGGGAGUGUACAUUUUAUUUGCAACCUUGAUGGCACUCGCCAUUUACACUCAUGGCGUUUUAGAUCAAUAUGCUAAAAUGGUGGUUCCAACUUGUUUAUUUUUUACAAGUAUUAUUUUGUAUCAAACUAGACCUGCAAAGUAUGUGUAAUGAAGAAUCUGUUUUAUAUAUAAUUAUAUGUUUAUCUGAUAGUAAAUAAAUAUUAUAGA